GCCUCGGGCAGGCGCGGAGCUCCGGGUAGCAGUUACCGCAGUUUGUCCCACAGGGGCCGUGGAGUUCAACCCACGGCCCCACGCAUCCCCACCCCAAAUCCGAACCCCUUGUUUGAGGGCGGUGUCCGGACGCCCCUGGGGCUCCGGCGGCUCGGGGCAGCCGCAGCGUGCCCGGGUCCUGCGCCGUGCGGGGCUGCUCCGCGUCUGAUGCAGCGCCGCUAUACCGCUUCCUGAAACACAGAAGUCUUUCCCAGUUUUCCUGUUAAUUUUCCUGUUAGAGAAGAUCUGCUUUAGCAGCAGCUAUCCUUGCAACAACCCUGACAGGGCGCACGGUUGCUAUUCCUCAGCCUCGGCAGCGAUCGCUUUCUGAAGGGGAUUCUGCCCACAUAGAACAAGAGGGCUUUGAACCAUAUGCAACAGUCACAGAGCUCAGAAUGGGGCCCAACUGGAAACUUGAUGGCAGUGACAGAUCUCCUGUACAGUCACUGGAAGUAACAGGCAGCUACUGUGAAGAUGAGGACAUGGAAACCUAUCUAUCAGAUGGUGACAGGGAGGCAGAGGCAGAGUCCAGCUCUCUGAGUAACGAGAAACAGGGAGAAAGCUUUAGCACCAAUGCUAUUUAUGCUGUUCCCUGUAAAAACAAAAAGGAAGAGUUUCAACCAUCUCCCAGUAAUAAUGCUGAGAAGAAAGAAACAUCUCAUAAAGCUCAGUUUCAGGUGCUGGUGGAUGAGUCAAACGUGCAAUCUGAAGAAAGCAAACAGCUUGGCUUCAAUUCAAAGGAAGAAAAACCAUUAGCUGAAAGUCUUAUCUGGGAGAAGCCUCCACCAUCCCCAGAUGUCUCUAUUCGUGCAAGGCAAGCACGAGAAAAUAUGACUAAAGAAAAGCUCAGAGAGCUACAACAAGAAAACUGGUCUUUGAACAAGGCGUACCAGGCUGUGGGCCAACAACUUGAGGGAAUAAAACAGCAAAUGGAAGAACAGCAAUUAAAACUGAAGAGACUAGAAGAAGAAAACAGAAAACUUAAAGCUGCAAAGAUGAUACAAAAUGAAGGAGAGACUACAGAAUUACUUUCUCUGAGGCAACAAGCACAAGAACUCGUAGAUGAAAAUGAUGCUUUGAAAUUGACAGUCCAUCGUUUGAAUGUAGAGUUAAGUCGCUAUCAAACUAAAUUCAGGCCACUGACCCAAGAAGAGCAUCUAAAAAUAAAUAGUUUGCCCAUGGAAGGACCACCACCCCCAUGGUUGCUGGAUAUGAAGUAUUUGUCACCUCUUCUGUUGGCAUAUGAAGACAGAAUAAAAGAAAAAGAAGAUUUAAUUUUUGCACAUGAGGAGGAUAUGAAGAACUUCAAAGUACAAGUCGAAAAGCUGGUGAAGGAAAAUGAAGACCUGCAUGAGCAAUUAAAUAAAAAUAACUUAAUUACCACUACAGAAUGGCAAGUUAUUUUACAAGAAAUAAAUGAAAAAAUUACUCAUUGUUUUGCUUGCUUCAUGCAAAUGCACAAGAUUACAGAUCUUAAGACUGGCAGGGGACUGGACCAGAUGAGAUGCAGGCACCAGCUACAAACUCAGGCCAAGCUGGUCUUGGAAGAAAACAGGCUGUUGAUGGAGCAACUUGAAAUUCAACAAGCUAAAGCAAAAGACAGUCACAGACAACAUGUUCAAGAAGCUUCAAAAUUGACCAAACAGAUAAUAGUUUUAGAAGAGAAGAAACAGAGUCAAGAAGAACAGAUAGGUGACUACCAGAAGCAGCUGAAAGCUCUGUGCACUACUUGUGAAGAACUCAAGGCCAAACUGGAUAGCAGAAUAGCAGCAGAGGAGCACUUUGCUUUGGUGAAUGACUUAAAAAGCCAUUUACAGCAGGAGCAGCAGAAAAAGCACACUGAGGUGGAAGAUCUCAUGGGAAAGAUUGCAUCACUGCAAGCCCAGAACAAGAAACUGCUUUUACAAAAAAAUAACUUCAUGGCUGACAAGAAGAUCCUGGAAGCUGAGAUGGAACAGACACAAAAAACAAACAGACGAUUAAAGAAGAAAAUAGGUCUUCUGAAGCAGCAAUUGGAGGAAGCAACCGAAAAAGAAGUUGCAGCCCAUCACUAUCUAACAAACCUUAUCAGUUUGGUGGAAAAGAUAGCUCAGGAACGCGAUCAUCUUAUUUUCUUGGCCAAGUGCUUGGAAAACGAGAACCAUGGAGUUCUAAACAAAAUAGUAGAAGGCAGUUUACGCUUAGGAAGGUUGGAAGAAAAAGUGAAGCUCUAUAGAAAGAGAGCAGCUGGGAAGCUUGGAGAUAUCAGUCUCAAAAUGACUGAGCAGGAGAAAGAUUUUGCUGGGAAGACUGCUCAGUACCAGCAAGAAAUGAAGCACCUGCAGUGGCUGCUGCAAGACAAACAGGAAACCCUUGAUGAAGUGCUGCUGCAAAAAAAAAAAGUAGAAGGUGAACUUGAAGUCAUUUGGGAAUCCACAUCCAAAGAAAACAGGAGAAUGAGAGAACUCUUACAUAAAUCUCUGGGAAAUAACAAUAUGUGGAAUACUGUUACAGGUAAUGAUUCAUACCUGGAUGAAAUUUCUCAGAAGGAUCUUCUUUAUGGACAUGAUUUUGGCUACUGUGAUGUGAAACAAUCACCUACUAAAAAUGAAACUCAACAACAAUCUUAGCAAUAAGAAUAAAGAUAGCUUAUGCAUCUCACCAAAGAUAGGAUUAUUACAGAAAGAACUUCGUGCCUGGAUUUGACAACACUGAACAGUAGAACAGUUACCUUCUUCAAAAUUAAUGUAUUUUUUAAGAGUCAUUAAUAUGACAACAGCAUAUUCUCCAACUAUAGUAAUUAUGAAUGUAAAUCUACAUAUUUAUUUUUUUUUUUGAAGAAAAGGCUGUUCCUUACUCAGGCAAAAUGUGGUACAGUUCCAAAUUAACAUAAAACAACUAUCCAGUUAAAAAGCAAAACAGCUGAUAAGCUUGGAGUUGUAACACAGGCAAAGCACGUACCUGGUGUUAGAUUAACUGAACAGCAAAAAGAAAGCCUCUGUGUGGUAAAUAAUGUCUUUAUUAUACAUCUUAAUUAAAAGGCCAAAUUUCAGGGAAUUCCUUCAGUAUCACCAAAUAAACUAUAGAUGAAAUACAACCAAAACUGAAGAAAAAUCCAAACAACUUUGGUGUCUGUUCUCUGAUCUUAAUAUCCUGAGUUGUGAGGAUGUUCUUAUAUUGGGCUGCCUGCCCAAGAUCUUGUUCUUUCAAGGACAGAAAUAUUUAACUGGAAAGCAGACAGGACACAAAUAGCUUGAUGGUGUGUGAAAGCGCAGCUGUCCACAAAGCAGAAUUGUAGGACUCCAGCCAUUAACACUUUUCCUAACACAGUUUUACCAAGGUUGAUGAGAUGCUGACAGAGAAUGCAGUCUCCUCCUCCUGACUGAGCAGUGUGAAUCGCACUUCAGAUUCAGCUGCUUCGCAGGAAGACGCACUGACUUCUUCCAGAGCAUCUUCUGUAGCAGUGCCAGCCCUUAAAUUGUAUGAUAGAUAUUCAUCUUCUUUUUCUUAAGAAUUGUUUUUUCACAAUACUGCACAUCAAUAUUCAAGUAAUUCAGUAUUAAGUCAUAUUACUAAAGUUUUGGAAUUCAUACAUAAUUUUUUUGGAUCAGCUUUUUGUUUGUUGCUUCAUUCCCAUAAUAAAAACCCAAAUGGAAGCAGAAAAUGUUAACUAUACUGAAAUCUGUAACUAUAGUGGUUGUAUAAAACUAGAAAUAUUUAAGCAUCACACUGACUUUGAUAAAGGUAACAGAAAAAGCACAAAAAGUUAAAUACUAAAAAGAAUACAUACUGUUACUGUGAUGGCCCAGAAAAUUUCCUGUGUUCUUGAGGCAUUUUCUUUCAUAGCAAAGUAAACCCAUGAGAAAUCAAUACUGGGAAUUUAUCAAUAAUUUACAAAAAAAUCCUUAAAAAUUAGAUGCAUUUUUAAUUUGUAAAACACGCUCCCCAUACAUACACAACAUUGAGGUCAACUGCUUGUAAACAUCACCCAAGGUGGAUGAACUCUGGAUGUGAACACCAAGCACUGCUAAGAAGCUUUAAGCACUUCUACAACUUCUCAUUACGAAUCAAAGGAAAUGCAGUUACGUACUAUUUGAAAACUGGUGUCAUAAAAGUGAAAGAUUAUUUAGUGAUAAAAAAGUUUAUGCACACUGGAUUCUCAAAGCUUUCCAAAUACAGUCCCUUCUGUCACUGCUUAACCCAUUUACCAUGCAAUACAAUAGCGCCACUAGGGCAUUAUCUGCUGUCAGUGGAGAUAGCACCUAGGCAGGCGUAUAUCCAACUGAUCUGGCAGAAGUUUUGGUAAUGCUUGGGAACAGCGAUUGAAGUUGCCCAAAAUAAACCUCAUUCUUUUAAUUACCAGGACUUUGUACAGUUUUUGUUAAUAUGUUUGCAUGUGUUCAAUAAAACUGUUUUUUUCUCUACCA